AUGCGUUGUAUGUUGUUGUCUCCCAUCCUAAUCAUACUAACCACAAUGUUUAAUUUAGUUGUAAGCAGUGAUCUCCAAGCUCUUAAUAACACUAACAGUUAUUAUGCCCUGCCAACUGGCAACUGGGACAUACCCUCAUUAGCCAGAUUUAUAUCCAUGAUUUUUGUUCCAUCAGCCGAGGAUGCCUCUAAAACCCUCCCAAACCUACAACUUCAUAUCCAUUCGAAGAAGGAGUUAUACAAGAAUCAUGAGGUAGAACUCUUUUGUGUGUAUAUACGCAAUCCAUCGGUUAGGCUAUCUUGUAGCAGACUGAAUGCCCUAACAAACAAUACUGCCGAUAUGGAUGCUCUUCGGAGAUUGGAAGGGUUCCUUGACACUAUAGAACUACGUCAUCUAGCCAUUUAUGAUUUAUCAAUUGACCUAUCUAUUAACUGGUGGGAGAUUUUUUCAAAUCUACUAGGUAGUAGUCAGAUCGAUUCUAUAGAUAUCGAAGAAAUUAUGCCACAAUUACUAUCUAAGACGGGGCCUACCGUUUUUAUUGAUAUAGGCCAUACGGUCGAGAACGCAGGGAAAUUGUCCCAAAGGAAGAUUGGCUCGAUCACGAUAAAAGUCAUUACCUCUAUAGCUAUUCUGACCUUUCUAAAUUUACAACUUCACUUAUGCUCUACCGAUGUUAAUAUCAUAUUCUGUCUGGAUUUUGAUCAUCUUUAUGGCCUAGGCCGGCUUAUGAAUAAGGAGGCUCUAGUAGACUAUCCUAGAGUCCGUAAGACACGUGCACCAUCGUAUUCCCGACAAAUCCUGAUCCAUUUUCUGUGCGAUGCUCUAAGCCCAAAUGCAUACAUACAACCCCGUCACAGGGAACUAAAGGACCCCCAAGGCGACAGCCUCGGCACUGCUCGUCCCUUAUUGGGUGCUCUGCUUAAUCUGCGCACUAUUAACUACCAUGUGCAAGUUUGCUUUCACUCUCUAUAUAAGCAUCAACGCAAAUUCGAGAAAGCUGAAGAACAUAAACCAUCUGCUGAUGUUGAUGACUCUGAUGACUCCGGGCCGGCUAAUAGCAACAACACCCGAUCUAAAGACAAGAAUAAGAACAAAAACAAGAACAAGAACAACAAGAAAGGCAAAUCAAAACACAAGAACAAGGACAAGAAUAAGAACAAAGACACUAACCCAAUAGCUCCAUUAGAAUAUCUGCGGGCCUUGGCUAAGCUGCAAAGGAUGCGAUGGACUGAUUUUAUUCUGACAUACGACCCAGUUAAAUGGAAGUCCGAUAAAGGGCCAGUAACACUAACUGAGGAUCACUUCUUGCUGUUGACCGAGACGUUAGAAACACUCAGUAGCCUAGAAAUACCAACCCAGUGUAACAACUUUAAUGACUUUGAAAUAGAGAAGUUUCAACCUAAUCCCCUAAUAGGUUACCAAGCAAACUGCCUCAACACUAUAAAGCUGCAUAUUAAGGAAUGCACAUUGCCGUUUGUUUUUCAGCUGCUCCAUAUACUAAUGGCAAACAACCGGCUCUCUGUUAACCUUGACUAUCCAGUCACACCAAUCGAUUUCUCUCUUCUUAUCCCAUAUAUCAAGGCUAUUCCGGCCGGCAAAAUUGAUAUUGCCAUAUCUGAUAUUGGCUCUUAUUUAUCAAAGAAUAAUGACAAGAAGCAGAUGUUAGCGCGCAUUAAUGAGAUAUCUCAAAUACCGGGAUUCUCCUAUUGGGCGGACUCGAGGACGGUAUGUCAUCUUGAUGUGCUGAAAUUUGCUCGUUUGCUAGCUUAUGCCAAUAAUGAAUACUAUGAUGUGUAUCAUCCUAAAUCGAAUGCUGGCUCAUAUAAGCCCACUAAGGUAUACUUCAAAGCACCACUCGACCACUACACACAGUUUAUUAUACAAUUUAAACCUACUGAGAUUAGCCAAGCUAUGGUCGACAUGAUUGUCCAGUGCUUUAGGUACGCGGCCAAGGCCCGUUCGGAUGUUAAAGAAACGGUUGAAACGGUUGAAACGAUGGUCUUGAUUAAAUCAAUGGAUUUUAGAAGUUCUCUGGCCGAGAAGUUCUUUCUAAUGCUGAUUGAUUUGCUUGUUUCCGUACACUAUCGGCCCUCUAUCAUACAUUGGUUUGACUCCCUGGUUGAGCCGCACCUAGUCGAGAUGGUUGUCAAGAAACUAUAUAAGCUUGGGUUCAGGCCUAAGGAUGCUCUUCCUGAUUAUUCUUCUACGAAUUCGAUGACUAUCGAUAUUCGGGUGUGUGUUCCAGCAACUAGCCGAAUACUACAGCAUACUCUGGUUCGUUUCAAUCAAGUGCGGGUAGAUUCCCUGCCAUACGUUCAGUCUCCUGCUAAAAGCAUUUCAACCAUUAUGAUCGCACCAUCCAACUUCACCCAGAUAGAAUGGAUAGAGAUGCCGCCCUUCCCCGAAGCACAAAGCGCCUAG